AUGAGCAAACUGGGCGGCUGGCUGCGCGCCAAUGUCAAAUCGGACCAUGCGAACCCGGAGAAGGAAAGGAGAGACCUCGUCGAGGCGCUGGACUACGCGCAGCUCAUCAUGAACGAUGACAUUGACGCCGCGUACGAGGCGCUACGCAAGGGGGGCUCGUCCUUUCACUCCCUCGGCGCUGCGGUGGCCUUCUUCAUGCGCUCGGUCCUGGGCAUGGAAAAGUCCAUCAUGGCAGAGACGACGGAUAUGCUCAACGCCUGCGAGAACAAGGCCUUUGAGGAUGCCAAAUUGGCCGAGAGAAGGGGCAAGAGGGCGGAGGGAAAUGGCAUGUACCCAGCAGGCACAGAGUACGAGCUCAUCCGGGCUGAGGUCUGGCUUAUGGGCGCCGUCGUCGGUGUGCUGCACGAGAGCCUGGUGGAGGCGAUGAAGAGCUUCUACAAGCUGCGCAAGGCAUUUUUGACGCUGGACGGCAUCAUCCAGAUUGAAAAGGGGGUCAUUGGCGAGGCCACCCCGGGAGAGGCCUUUUCAGACCAGGGUACGAGUGGCGAGAACACGCCGCGCGACAAAGACGACAGCGGCUCCGAGGUAUUCGUCGAUGCAAAGGAGACGCUGACCCCGGUGGUCGAGGAGAAAAAGGAGCUCAUCACUGCCGAGACGACGCCGGAGCCAUCCAUCUCAGGCGAGGCACAGACAAGUCUUCCAGUGAUGAAGCCACCGGCCGAGACAGAGCUUCUCAUGACGGAUCCCGUCGACGUCUUCAUCCACAGCGGCGCCAACAUGUGCUUCGGCAUCCUCAUGCUCAUGCUCACAUUGGUGCCACCCUCCUUUUCCAGGAUCCUCUCCGUCGUCGGCUUCCGAGGUGACCGCUCACAAGGCGUGAGUAUGCUGUGGCGAUCCUCGACCCACGACAACAUCAACGGUGCUGUCGCGGGCAUGGCUCUCCUAGGCUAUUACCAGAGUCUCCUGGGCAUUGUCGACGUCCUCCCUCACGAGCGCGAUUACGACGAGGCCGCCGAGACCGUCGGGCCUCCGCGCGAAAAGUGUGCGCGUCUCCUCGCCACCAUGCGCGAGCGCUACCCUGAUUCGCGCCUCUGGCAGAUCGAAGAUUCCCGCCGCCUCUCUAUCGAGCGCAGGAUGUGCGAGGCGAUGAAGCUGCUCACGACGGGCAAGGCACCCAAAAUAAGACAGGUCGCCGCCUUCAUCGACUUUGAGCUGGCACUGGUUGGCAUGUACGUGCAGGACUGGCCCGUCAUGCGCGAUGCGUUCCUCAAGGCCGUCGACACCAACGACUGGUCUCCUGCCCUGUACUGGUUCAUGGCCGGCUGCGCCUGCAUCGAGAUGUACCGCGACGCCAGGCGCAACGGCGACGAGAACGAGAGUAGGCGCCAAAAGGCGGCGGCGGACAAGUAUCUCAAAAAGGCGCCCACCGUCGUGGGCAAGAAGAAGCUCAUGGCUGGCAAACUCCCCUUUGAGGUCUUUCUGCAAAAGCGCCUGCAGCGUUGGGAGGAGCGCGCCGCCCAGCUGGGGGUGGACGUGGUCGACGCUGUUGGCAUUAGUCCCGCUAUGGAGCUCACAUACUUCUGGAACGGGACAAAGAGAAUGAAUGAGACGGAACUUGCAAAUGCCGUCGACACGCUGAGCUGGGAACGCUGCACAUGCGGCGACAAGGGCGUCGAGCUGAUGAAGAGUGAGCUCGAUGAGAUGGGCACCUGGGCCGUCUGCAUGUCCUCUGUCAAGCGACAGCAGGGCGAUUACGUGGCAGCGAGGGGCCAUCUCAACGAACACGUCCUCCUACACGACCGCGCGGUCUUCAAGGGUCCUACCAAGAACGACUUUGUCCUCCCCGCCGCAGAGUACGAGGUGGGCGCCAUUGCCUGGGAAGAGUGCGGCGCGGCACAAGACGAUACCGUGAGGAAAGAGAGACUAGAGGAGUGCGCCGCACAGCUGGAGAAGGUGAAGAACUGGGAGGCAUUUACAUUAGACAUGCGCAUCGGCCUCAAGGUACAGUCAGGUCUGGAGACACUCAAGUGGUUCAGAGCGAAGAAGGGAUGGCAUUAA